GAUAAUGUAAAAGUAAAUGCUUUUUUCUGAGGGAGCAUUUAAUUAAAAAUAAUUCAAUUAUUUUCAAGAUAUAUUAAAAUAUAAAAUUUAAACAAGAGAUAUUAUAAAAUAUUUACAACUUGUAACAUUUUAAUUUAAUAAUGGUUUCUUUAUAUAUACCACUUUCCUUAUUAAGUGAAUACUGUUCUAAAAAAUCAGAGUGAUAUUUUUUUUUUAUUUUUUAUAUAUCACUCUUAUCUUCCUUUCUUCACUGAAAAUUCUGAUACAAACUCUCAGUCUACACUCUCUUCACUUUGCCUUCCCCAUUCCCUGCUUUUGCUUCGGCUUUCGCCAUUCGCCAAUAAAUCGUUAAAUUUUACUAGCUCAAUUCCCUAGAGAGCGUACACUUAGCCUUAUAUACUAUAAAAGUUAGUUUGUUUGUGAGGUAAUAUUAUAGAGAUGGACAUUGACCUAUUUAAGUCCACACCAGAUGACCAAAUUGAGAUGAUGCUUAUGACGAUGCACAUGGAUAAACCCGCUGCAACAUCCGGGAACGAAGGAGGCGGCAGUCUCCCCUACGACGACAACACUCCAAUGAUGUCGUUUAACGGCGGUGGUAGCUUGCCUCAGCAUUUUAACUCACCAGCUUUCUUAAGUGAUCCACAAACAACUAUAUCAUUCUCCAACAACAAUAACAACAACAACAGCAACAAUAAUAAUAAUAAUUCUUUGUUACCGAGUUUGUUCCCUUCUUAUAGCAAUGACAGCAAUGAGAACGGAACAUCAUCAUCGCCAUCACAGAAGCAAACAUCGAUGGCUGCAAUGCGAGAGAUGAUAUUCAGGAUAGCAGCUAUGCAACCGAUCUACAUCGACCCUGAAGCAGUGAAGCCACCGAAAAGGCGGAACGUUAGGAUUUCGAAAGACCCUCAGAGUAUAGCUGCUCGGCAUAGGAGGGAGAGGAUAAGCGAGAGGAUAAGGAUCCUGCAGAGACUCGUCCCUGGUGGUACAAAAAUGGACACUGCUUCGAUGUUAGACGAAGCGAUUCAUUAUGUCAAGUUCUUGAAGAGUCAAGUGCAAACCCUCGAACGAUCUGCCAUCAACAACAACAACCGCCCCGUUCCUCCACCGGUAUCCACGGGGCUAGGUUAUCCCAGUGGAUACUCUUUUGCUGGUCAUCAGCUCCAUAUGAAUGCUGCACCUCAUCACAAUGUUCAACAGUACUCAGAUUCGGAUGCAUAACAUUUUAUUUGACAUAACAUUAUAGAUCGGCGAUGAUAGCCCGUCGUUGAACGGGCCUUAGCUUUUUUCAUUCAUUAGUACAUGUAUCAAGUUCAACAUACAAUGUUCGCAUCUUGGAAUCAUCUAAUUACACUAGAUGAUGCAUUCAUUCAUAGCAAAUGUAACAAGUU